AUUACUAAAGAGACAAGUUGGGAAAUGUAAUCUGCUAAUUAUUUUCAAGCUAUAAAGUUGUGUAAUAACGAGAGAAGGAAGGAUAAUUAAAUUGAAAGCAACUCUCGGUUAUGAGUCACACACGAGUUAUGUGCGGUUUAAUGCUUCUUUCUGAUGAAACGCUUUCACCGAGACUAAACUAAACAGAAAGGAGAUGAGAACAAAACAAAUAGAAAAUUAAUUAAAGGCACUUUAUUACGAGAAAAUUUGUAUACGAAAUGACGACAAUGAGUGAGUUUGGGUUCGUGUGAAUGAAAGCGAAGCCAAAGCAAACAAACAAUGUCCAAGAAAAAUAAAGUGAUAAACUUAAGUGAAUUGACACUGAGCACUUUGGCAAACAGCAUCGUCUCAGCUGUUAGUUAUAGCAUAGCUAAGGAGAAUAUUGAAACAAAUUUUAAUUUAACUGAAUUGGAUUUGUCGCUUGUUAUAGUUGAGAUAAAUUCAUAUUUAGAAGAGAAUGGUGCAACGCAUACAAUUUAUGAAGAGAUUCUGCAGUUAAUCUUAAGCUGGGAUAAUUUACCAGCUCCCAUAAGAUUCGUUUGUCUCCAAAUGCUGCUGAACAGAAGCAUUAAAAGUUUGAAAACUGAAGUCUUUCCUUAUCCAUAUUACGAGAAAAUAUUGCAGGUUGUCGAUAUGCAAGGAACGAACAUUAAAUGUCUAAAUUUAAAAGGAAUUUGGCUUAAAGAAGAUAACAUGAGCUUGAUGUUUCGAAUAGUUAAAAGUCUGCAGAAUCUCGUGAAAUUGGAUAUUCCAUAUAUCGCAACUGAUGAUCUAUUGUAUCAUAUAAUGUUGUAUCAGAAGAAUCUUGUGCAUCUGGAUGUGUCAGGUGUAACCGAUAUCACCGACAUUGGAAUCGAAUAUUUGUGCCGUUCUUCGGAUGUAAAACAAAAGCUGACAGUUCUCGAUAUUGGAACGUUAGGCGAAGAAAAUAUUUGCCAUGAAGACAUUGCAUCGUUAUUGACUCACAUUCCGAAUUUGAAAAGCCUCGGAAGUUAUUCCUUUGUGGGUCGCUCUAUUCAAUAUGUAAUCGAAAAUAUAAAUUCAGAUUUUGUCUCGAAAUUAGAAUAUCUUCAUGACACUGAAACAAGACAUAAUGCUAUGAAUGCCAUGUGCAAGGCUUGUCCCAACUUGAAAUUGAUUUAUUUAGAUUCACCCGAAGCAAAUGUGCUGCAUAAGCUAACGUCAUUCAGUAUGUUGCAAAGCCUGAAGAUAUAUAAAUUCAAUUGUAGUGAGAUUUAUCAUGUGCUGAAGCGUAUUGGCAGACAAUUAAGGCAACUAACGUGUUUGAAGGGCCGUAACAUAAUGGACGUGGGUCUUGUGAUUCAAAACUGUCCGAAUUUAAGAGAUUUAGAUUUCUAUAUGAUGGACGAACUUACAUGUUUGACAGAUGAGAAUUUUAAUCAGCUUCAGAGUUUCGAGAUUCUCAACAGUCCAAUGAGUUCAACGGUUUUACGUAAUUUAAUAUGCAAUUGUCAUCAGACGAUAAGAAGAUUAGCUGUCGACAGAGUUCCAUUUACUGAUUACGAGAUGGCAAGCAUUUUACUGGAUUACAAUUUCAAUAAAUUAGAAGAUAUUUGGUUUACAUUUGCAUCUCAUUUGACAAUGGCAACAAUAGAACUUUUAAUGGAUCGAUUGCCUGAACUUUCAAGCAUUGGACAAUUGACAGGAUGGAAUAUUAGCAACGAUGAAAUAUUUUUAUUAACAGCCAUUCUGAAAAGUGGAAAUUCAUGUUUGAAACUUUCACCAUCAAACAUUUUUUCAUCGUGAUAUCAUCUCACCCAUCAACUCACUCUUCUUCAUUGAUUCCAUCCAUGCCAGUUGAUGUAUGUUGAUAUACAUAUUUAAUUGAGCCAUUUGAAUCAAUGUAAAUGCAAUUUAAAUGUCAUUUUGAAAGCUUCAGUUGGAAUGAGAGAAAUGAAAGAUUGAUCAAUGUUGAAAUAGAAGUCAAUAAAGCAACAC